GUGGGGAGAAGCUGCGAGCCGCGUUGGUUUCAUCAGUGCGAUGCCGUCCUCCGCCUGGCUGCGCUGCGUCCUCCUCAUCGUCGGCUCGCUUCAGCUGGUAUCCCCGGCCGGUGGUCUGCCUCAGUGCCAAGAGACGGACUACUACUUCGAAUACACGGAGUGUGACAGCACGGGGUCCCGGUGGAGGGUGGCCAUCCCCCGUGGACAGGGACUCUGCUCGGGACUGCCGGAUCCGGUCAGAGGCACCGACUGCACCUUUUCCUGCAAUGCCGGGGAGUUCCUGGAGAUGUCAUCACAGCACUGCACGCAGUGCGCGGCUGGUACCUACUCCCUGGGCAGUGGAGUUCGCUUUGACGAAUGGGACGACAUCCCGGCCGGCUUCACCAACCUGGCCACCUACCUGGACAGUGGCCCCGGUGGGGAUGAAGCCCUCACCUGCAGCAACUCCACCUGGGUCCCCCAAGGGAACUACCUGGAGUCUAACAGGGACGAGUGCACUGUCUCUCUGAUAUACGCCGUGCACCUGAAGAAGCAGGGAUCUGUGUCCUUUGACUACCAGUAUGAGGACAACCACAUCUUCUUUGAAUUCUUUAUCCAGAAUGAUCAGUGUCAGGAAAUGGAUCAAACGUCAGAGCAGAAGUGGAUCAAGCUGACAAACAGCGGCGAGUGGGGCACUCACACCGUAAACCUGAAGUCGGGGACCAACAUCUUGUACUGGAGGACAACUGGGAUUUUGCUUGGGACCAAGGUCUUGAAGCCCGUGCUGCUGAAGAACAUUCAGAUUGAGGGUGUCGCCUACACAUCGGAGUGCUUCCAGUGCAAGCCGGGCACCUUCAGCAGGACCCCGGGGUCCUCGUCGUGUGAGGUGUGUCCCAGGAACACCUAUUCGGGCAAAGGGGCCAGCUCCUGUACCCUCUGCGACGACGAGAAGGAGUACUCACCCGAGGGAUCAGCGGAUUGUAAGCGGAAGCUCCCAUGCACGGAGAAGGACUACUUCCAGAUUCACACGCCCUGCGACAGAGAUGGCAAAACUCAGAUCAUGUACAAGUGGAUCGAGCCCAAGAUCUGCAUGGAGAAUGUCACACGGGCCGUGGCACUGCCCCCUUCUGGCGAGCGAGAGAAGUGCCCGCCCUGCAAUCCCGGUUUCUAUAACCACGACACGGCCACCUGCUCCCCCUGCCCCCCCGGAACCUUCUCCAAUGGCAUCGAAGCAUGCCAGAAGUGCCCAGCGGGCACGGAGCCGGCCCUCGGAUACGAGUACAAGUGGUGGAACGUGCUGCCUGCCAACAUGAAGACAUCCUGCUUCAAUGUGGGCAACUCCAAAUGUGACGGCAUGAAUGGCUGGGAGGUGGCUGGGGACCAUAUCCGCAGUGGAGCAGGAAGCUCCGACAAUGACUACCUCAUCCUAAACCUCCGCGUUACAGGAUUCAGGCUUCCAACGUCUGUGAUGGAGAGCAAGGGCAGCGAGUUCGGCCGUAUAACUUUUGUCUUUGAGACCAUCUGCUCUGCCGACUGCGAGCUCUACUUCAUGAUGGAUGUGAACAGGAAGAGUACCAGUGUGGUCGAGUCAUGGGAGGGCAGCAAGGAGAGGCAGUCAUACAGCCACGUCAUCACCAAGAACGCCUCGGUGUCUUACACGUGGGCCUUUCAACGGACCAAUCAGGCAGCUGAUGGCAGGAGGCUGGUCAACGACAUCGUGAAGAUCUACUCCAUCACGGUCACCAAUGCCCAGGACGGCGUGGCGUCCUCCUGCCGUGCCUGCGCCAUGGUAUCCCAGCAGUCGGAGUCUUCCUGCGUGCCCUGUCCCGCUGGGCACUACAUCGACAAGGAGACCAACCGAUGCCGGGAAUGCCCCCCGGACACCUACCUGUCAGGACAUCAGAUCUACGGCAGGGAGGCCUGUCUGCCCUGCGGUCCUGGCAGCAAGAGCAACAAGGAGCACUCCGUCUGCUUCAGCGACUGCAGCUUCUCCCACACGGUGCAGAACCAAACCCUGACCUACGACUUCAGCCCGCUCAGUGCUGUGAGCUCCGUCAUGAAUGGGCCAAGCUUCACAUCCAAGGGGACCAAGUACUUCCACCAGUUCAACAUCAGCCUGUGCGGACAUGAGGGAAGGCGGCUGGCCAUGUGCACUGACAACGUGACGGACCUGUCCAGCAAGGACGUGCAGAGCGAAUCCAGCGAGCUGGUGAACUGGGUGGAGACCUUCAUCUGCCAAUCAACCAUCAUCCCUUCGGAUGGGCGGGGCUUCCGCACAGCCCUCUCCUCCCAGUCCAUCAGUCUCGCAGACACCUUCCUGGGAGCGACAGUGGACGGCACGCUCGCCGGCGUCACCCUGAAACCUGACCUGUUCCCUGGGACUCUGAGGAAAGUGCCAGACGUCAACUUCUUCUACCGAUCACCGCAGGCGACAUCUUCCUGUGACAAGGGCCGACAUACGGUCAUCACCUUAAGAUGUAACCCAGAGAAAACAGAACGAGGAGAGCUCUCCGUGCCCAGUAAAUGCCCUGCGGGAACCUGCGAUGGCUGUAUCUUCAACUUCCUUUGGGAGAGUUCCAGCGCAUGCCCUCGCUGCACAGAGAUGGACUACCAUGAGAUCGAGGGGGCCUGCAAAAGUGGAGCCCAGGACACUCUCUAUGUUUGGAAUGAACCAAAGCUCUGCACCAAAGGCAUCCGGCUCCCAGCGAAGAAGACCAUGCCCUGUGAAGACAUCAACUUCUGGCUGAAGAUCGGAGCUGGGCUCGGCGCCUUCAUGGGCGUGCUCCUCAUUGCCCUCACCUGCUACUUCUGGAAGAAGAACAAAAAGUUGGAGUACAAAUACUCCCGCUUGGUGAUGACCGCCAACAGGGAGUGCGAACUGCCAGCGGCCGACAGCUGCGCCAUCAUGGAAGGCGAGGACAAUGAUGAUGAUGUGGUCUACUCCAACAAGCCCUCGCUACUGGGCAAGCUGAAGUCCAUUGCUACAAAGGGCAACGGCGAGAACUGCGAGUCGGUCCAGCUGAAGUCCUCUGGGACAGAGAGAUGGGUGUGGGGAUAAAGGGGGUGCGUGACUGGUGCUGGGAGGGUCUAAGGAAACGACGGAAAAACCCCACAACCCAAGGAAAGACUCGCAACCCAAGUACAGUACUGAGAAGACACCUACAGCUGGUGGCCCUAUAUCUGAGUGGAGGGCUUCGGAGAGGCUCUGGAGACUGAAGAUGUGCGGGACUGUGCUGACGUGGAGAUAGACGCCUCCAGACCAUUUCUUUUUAUUUUAAACCGAUGUGGGCUUUUCUCUUGGCCGGUUAUUCACGUGGUAACAUUGAGUAAUGCUGGCCCAUCCCCCAAUUCCUUGGCAAAUCUACCCCAUUUAUGUUUUGAGAUAAAAUCAGGCUCAGUCAAGCUCCCUGUUUGUGUAACCCUUUGGAGAGGAGGGUCAGAGCAGGAAGGGCAGCCAACCUCCACUUCUCCAUGUCCCCCAGACCUGAUCUGCAGCUGGACGUCAGCGUCCUGGGCCAUGGUAGUGACAGGGGUUUGUAGGAUGUGUCCCUAUGGUCAUUUAAAAUAGCAGGAGGCCAUAUUUCAUCUGAGGUUUCUCACCAAAGGCUUGGUAAUUGCUGUGAAUGUCAGAGAUGUGUUAUUUAAGAUUUUAUUUUUAUUGUGCUAAUAUUCAUUCUGUCGGACUAUAUUGUACCUUCUUGGACAUUAUGUUUUAGACAAGGCCUAAGAUAAUUAGAAUGGCAUGUGCUUCUAGAGAUAUUGGCUUACCCUUCAAUGAACGGUAUAACUGCAGGAAAUAAAACUUCUAUUUGCUAUUAAUGCAAUACCACACUGUCAGUUCCCAGCAGCAGGGUGCAGUAAGCCUUUCAGCUGGGUGAAUAUAUCAAUGUUAAUCAAAGUCUACCAGUUUUGAGGGAACAUUCUUUAUCGUACAGUGACAUGUUCCUGUCAUGCUGUCAAAAUGAAGCUAUUCAAAAUGUUAUAGAUUUGAUUUCUGAGUCGGUGGAUUGAAGGAACUCUGACUUAUUGAGUGCGGUAGCUGAAACAGAGCAGUGUCCUGUGGUCAGCCUGGGCCUGCAGUGCAUUAUGGGAAAGGGGACAGUGUCCUGUGGUCAGCCUGGGCCUGCAGUGCAUUAUGGGAAAGGGGACAGUGUCCUGUGGUGGCUUGCAGUACAUUAUAGGUCAUGUCCAGCUAUACUUUUAAUCUCAUUUCAAGACAAAAUACAAAAGAAGGAAGAAAAAUUAAAAGCAGCCCUAACAUCCUGUUUUCUUUGUUUGAGACUGAUGAAGUUUUUUGGAAGGGGGGUGCAGAGGGAGAUCCAUACUCUGGGGGGGGGCAUUUGGGUAAAGCUGGGUUUCAGGCCGAUUAGAACUUAAUCAUUAGAGAGAGUAACUGGGACCAGAAAGGCAGACUGGAGCCGCUGUCCCAGGAAGGACAGACAUUUUUUUCUCCCAAAUUCCAGAAAAUUCCUUUCACCAUCACACACCAGCAAAAAAACACCCCUUUCUUCACUAUGAAUUUGCUCAGCUGGAAAGGAGUCUCCAUAAAUGCAUUAACCCCAUUCAUAAAGGGGCAAAUAUGGCUUUUCAAUUUAAUUCAGAUUGAUGGGUAGUGGGAGGAAUGUUGAGGAACAGAAAUAAGGGUUAGACUCUACUUACUGCUUUUAAUUGUAUUAUAUUAUAAUCGCAGUUGCUUGGCAGCCCUGACUUGUAUUGCAGUGAGGGGCUUACAAAGAUGGGUGUUUAGCUGAAGCAACUGAAGUAUCCUUACUGAAGGUUCUGUAGCAUGGAAGCUCGGCAGGUUUCAGUUAGCUGCACAUCGCGUCCUGCUGUCCUAUUAAAGCUAAUAAAGAAAGAGGAAGACUAGGCCUGGAGCACAGAAGGUUGAAUGAGUGUGGCCCACAUCUCCGCACACUGAAGUAAGACGUCGGUGUUUGGGAUUUGGCUGAUAUUUCUGCAGUGGCAUACAGGGGUAUGUGUAUUAGGGAAGUUUAGGUUAUUGUCAGUCCCUCAGUGCUUUGUCAAAAUAAUUCUUUGGAAAGUGUCUUCGCCUGAUGCCUCAGCUGUCAGUGAAGGACUUUGUACUCAAAAACCCGCACAACUGACCACAACUAGAUAUGGCUGCUUAUUGUGGCUCACGGUGCUUUUCCACUGGCAUACAGGAACCGGAACCGGACCCGGACCAUGAACUGGACCUCGUCACAGCGCCGUUCCAGCUUGCUUCGGUUUUCCACACAGAAGGGUUUGGCUCGGUAAAGGCGUAAAGAGCGACAGUGACGCAAAACGGAAGAGCAGCUUAUUUACUGUUCCCACAGUGCACAUGAUGUUUUACUAUGUGCUAAAUUCUGCUAGCAAGUGAGAAUCACCGUCUUGUGUCUGCAUCGAACACUAACGGAAUUGUCUUUGCUCGCGUACAUUUUCAUUAUGAAUCCAUUCUAUUCUAUAUGAGUACGGCUCAGGUGGGGCUCGCAUACUGUGCAUUGGAAAACCGCCAGUUCACGGUACAGGUCGGUUCUGGUUCGGUUCCUGGUGGCAGUGGAAAAACACCCUUCCAGUAAAAUGUAAUGAGGGGCUGGUUCGUUUUUUCUGGGGCCUCAAGAAGUCACAAGCACUCCAGUUAAAAGCCCCACAUGUGGCUUGAGUGGUGGCAAACACCCCCGAUGAAUGUAAUUAGUCAUUUUUGGUUGUCUGGGUGAGGGAACCGGGCAUUGGGAAGUACUGAGAAUAAGCAGAUCCAGACUGUGAAUAGUUAUUUAUUUUAUUACUGUUCCAUCAUUUCCUUGUUAUUGCACAAACGACGAGCACUGAACUAUUGCUUCAGGAUUAGGUAGACUUAGCCAGACUUUAGUCUGACUGAACACUAUUUUUGCUGGGUAUUUUUUUAAUUAGGACACAUGAAAAAUUGGACAGAAAAACUCAACCACCAUUUCCUAUAUCUCAAACGUCAGCCAUAAACCCAGUGGUGUACAUUAUAUUGUCCCAGGUCGAGUCCAGCUGGUCCCUUCAUAACCACAGCUUAAUUUCGAACGAGGCUAAGGUUUCCGCUUUUCCGGAAUCCUCUUUGGCAUCGUCCUCUGUGCGGAGAAUGGCAGAAACUUUGCUGGGUAGCGGGAGCAACUUCACAAGUGGGGAAGCAGCCAUUUUGACACAAACAGAAACUGAAUGUGUACGAUAAAGAACAUCCACAAAACUGCACAGCGCACCCUGGUGGUUUUAUUGUUCAUUAUUUUAGGCCAGUGAAAUUGGGGCAAGACUGAUAGGAUGUCACUUGUUCCCUUUUCACUCUCAGACUCCCAUAGUAGUUUGUCGAGAACAGAACAAGGACUAGGUAGACCCAGAAACCUAUAGUACAGUGACCCAUACCAGUAAGGAGGUUCCGAUACCCAUGUUUGUUUCCCUCUUUUUUUCUUUUGUUUGUCUUUGUUCCAGCUGUCUUCUCUGAAAACGUGCAGUUCUUUCGGCUCAGAUCUGAUGUUCUUUACGAGGGAGUCUCUAUACGGUUAGACCCGAGCCACCGGCCUGGCGGUGGGGAUGCAUUGGAAGACAGAUCGAUAACCGUUUCUCACUACAUCCAAUGGGCGACACGGAUCAGUUCUAGCGAUUUCGGUGACUUCUUUUGUAUGUUUUGUAUUGUGGUGUUCAUCGCGGCUGAUCAAACCUGUUUAUAACCUGUUAUUUAUUGUUGUUGGGAUGGUUGAAUAAACGUCACUGGCUUUGGGCAACACUUCUAA